AUGCUGUCCAAUCGCCCAAGACCCUUCACCUCUCCCGGCACGAGCAAAUUCUUCAAGCCGGCCUUCCAGUAUCUCUCGAACAUCGCAAAUACGCCGAAGCCAUACCGGACCCACAGCCGCAGCAGCUCAAUCGAUGAGGGCGACCUUGAGAGCUUCCGGGAUCAUGAUACUCCCCACGACCUUGCUGUUUCGUCGGGUAUGAACCAGCACUCGAAUAGAAGCUCCGGCGAGCUUCACCCGACCUCUGUACCGCUCAUUGAUUUCUCACGCUCGCCGUCACCUUAUGCGCGGAAUAGAAGUGCGGUGCACUCGGAAGAUGAGGAGGAUGAACUCGAGCCUGUGGCCCCUUUACAGCCCUUGAUAGAUCGGACUGUUGGGAACAGUAGACAAGGAUGGCAAGACUCAGCGAAUGAGGGGAGCCUGGGCGGCUGGCUCUUUGGAAGUCCGCUAGGCUGGCAAGUCUAUGUUGGUCUGCUUGUCUUUCUGGUUGGAGGUUGUGGAUUCGUUUUGCUAUUGAUGAAUAGGUUCAUCCUAUGGACACCACGACUGACUGUGUACAGAUUUCCAUACCCCCUGACAGCAACUUACCUCCAACUCCUCCUUACACACUUCCUUCUCGUAGGCUUUGCGAGCUUAACGCAAGGUCUUUCAAACCCACUUCAUAGGCUAGGCCUGGGUGUAGCGGUCUCGCCAUCACAUCCAGUAUCCACUAAAACCCCUGGUUACCGCGCGGAAGGAAAGUCUAGGUUUCCUUUCAGGCGAUGGGUUGGCAGUGGUUCCGGUGGCAUUGCGGGUGGCGGAACCUUUGAGUUCGACCGCAAGGUAGCCAGACAGGUGCUACCUCUUGCCAUCACCUACGUCGGCAAGGUAGUAUUGAGCAACAUAUCAUUUGCUUACGCAACGCUCGAGCCUUACACCCUAACCCACCUCAUCCCCUCCAUCCCCCUAACCCUCGCCCUCACCGCCUACCUAACCUCCACAUCCCACUCAAUCCCCAUCCUCUCCUCCACGCUGGCCGCAACCCUCAACCUCGCCCUCGCGUCCAUCCGCCCCGCACGCCUAACCUGGGAAUCCAUCCUCGCCGGCCUGCUCUCCUCCAUCUUCACAGCCCUCUACCCGAUCCAGCUGCUCCAGACCUAUCGGGCCCUGACCUCCGACCUCUCCGCGAGCACCGACACCGCCCUCACACCGACGCUCCACGCCGACGCCACCGCCGCGCCCCUUGCCGAAACCCGCGCGUUCUGGAGGACGCUGCACUACACGUCCCUCGUGUCGCUUCUUCUGCUGACCCCGCUCUGGCUCCUCGCAGGCGAGGCAGCGACGAUCUACCACAACUGCUACUUCCUCGACGUGCCGUUUUUCUGGCUGCUGGUGUGCUGCGGCGCGGUCGCGAGCGCGGCGCUCUUUGCGUCGACGCUGUUGUUGGUUGGCGCGACGAGUCCGCUCACGGCUGCGUUCGUGGGCGUGCCGCGGGCGGCGCUGCAGUUGGUUUGCUUGGGCAGCGGGAGGACGCCGGUUAGGGGCUGGGUUGGGGUGGCGCUGUGCUGGGUGGCCGGUGGGUGGUUUUUGUGGGCGAGGCGGGGUGAGGGCCGCGGGGCGGCGAGGUGUAGGGCGCGGGAGCGGUAG